GGGUCGCGGCGGCGGCGGCGGCGGCGGCGGGGACGGGGACGGGGAUGGCUUUCGAGGCGCUGGCGGAGGCGGCGGAGCGGUGGUGCGCCCGCACGCCCUUCCAGCUCAUCGCCGCCGAGGAGACGGAGCGGCGCAUGGACUUCUACGCCGAGCCCGGCGUCUCCUUCUACGUGCUCUGCCCGGAGGCCGCCUGCGGCGACAAUUUCCACGUGUGGAGCGAAAGUGAGGACUGCUUACCUUUUCUGCAGCUCGCACAGGAUUACAUCUCCUCCUGCGGGAAAAAGACACUCCAUGAAAUAUUGGAAAAAGUCUUCAAAUCCUUCAGACCCUUACUUGGGCUUCCAGAUGUUGAUGAUGAUGCAUUUGAAGAAUAUAACGCAGAUGUGGAAGAAGAGGAACCGGAAGCCGAUCACCAACAGAUGGGUGUCAGUCAGCAGUGAUUUUCUGAGAAGCUAAAAAAUUCGGAAGCCUUUGGUACCAGACUGCAAGUGCUGGACGGCCAGGGGGCCCUUCUGCAGCGCUCACCCCUGCAAAAUUCCCACUGAAGCCAGCAAGAUUUUGUUCAAACAGGAACCUGCAGGACUGAGUGUUCCAGGGGAUGCGUGAGGCUUGGUCCUGCGGAGAGCUGAGCACUGUUCUCCUCUCUCACUUUGCUGGGAGCCAAAUGUGUUGAGCCCUGCUGCUGAACUGAAGCAUGACCAGGCAGCACUGAGAAUAAACUGGAAUUUUAUACAUAGAAAAUUUAAUUUACAUGUGUAUUAAAUAUGAAUGAGCAUUAAUAUAGAGUGUAUUUUAUCAAAAAAUAUUGAUUGCUUACUUUGACCAAAUACAUUUCCAUAUUACCGUG